AUGCGUAGUGAUGCGAGCAAGUGUCCGUCCUACUUCAUGCGCACGGCACAAGAAGUCAUGACAGAAACAGAAAAUAACUUGAAGGAAAUUGCGAACAAAUUUGGCAGAAGUUUAUCGACAAACAAGCAAUUCGAAGAAUGUGCAAGUUUUGAAGAAUUAGCAAUUAUUUGUUCCUUGUUCAAAAAUGCGGACGUGCAAAGCCUCAAAGAAGACAGAAGUGAAAAUACUGACUCGGACAAAGGAAAUCUAAUUUUGAGCAGAUCUCUGAGACAAAUACUCUCGUUUCAUCCGAGCACUGACGAUUUCCAGACAAAAGAGAACUUGAGAAAUAUAUUCUGUCUCUCUACGCAAUUGGAUACAUAUUGGGAAGAAGCGGCAGCUGAAAACCCUUACAUAAAGCGGCAAUACUUCAUACCAGUUAUUGGGUCAAAUAGCGAAGACAGAAUUGUACGAUUUAGUACUGGAUUGGCAGUGAACGAUGACGAGUGCCGAUCUAGAUUUGAACCAUCGCCAAAAAUAAACCAAAUGCUCUUCUACCCAGAACGGACUAUUGAAAAGGACCUCAUAAUAUUGCUGUUCCUGAGAUCUGAGAUGUAUUUUCAAACUACCACACAACUCAUAAUUCACAUUCUGAGCACAUUGGGGCCUGCAGACAGGUUGAAUAUCAUCUUGACUUCUGGGAGGAAGUUGUACUCAUCGAUGCGAGUAGUGUUUCAUCAGAAGCAGUAUGUCCAGAGAGCUCUAGAAUCAGCUUCCCAGAUUCAAUCACACAACUUGACGAUAUUCCUAGCUGCUGCAUUUUUUGAGUUUGAUACGAAUCGUAGGCUGCAAAUUCAGAAAUGUGAGCAGCACGUGAUCCUCGUGACAGACAGUGACAUAUCAUUUAAGGAUUUAGAUUACAUGAAGAGAACAGUCCCAUCGUUGAACAUCAGGAUAUCUUCAUACCUAAUGGGAUCACAAAAUUCUUUCGAAAAUCUUCGGAUGAUAUCUUGCAUGACCGGAGGAAAGCAUGUUCCAGUGGGCCAGCACAUGUUCACCAAACUAGACUCUGUUGUUCUUCAAGGAAGCUUGGUAGCUUCAGUUGAAAGUGAGGACACACACGAAGUCACUUGGUUGGAAGAACGUACCGAUUCCGUGUCUGCGAACACAAUAAUCACUAAUUGUCUGCGGAUGACAAUGGGGAUGGGUCAAAUUACUGUCAAGGGGCAGAGCAACAUUGUCGGCGUAUUCUGUGCUGACUUGGAUGCUACCCAGCUAAAUCAGUUUCCUGAUGGGCUACCUACCCUGAAUUCGAUUAGAGAACAAACAAGUCAACCCCGAAUGUGCAGUAGGCUCAAGCUCAACUCAUCCGAAAAAUGUCAAGCAGACGAUAGAAGCUCAGACAAUGAAUUCUUCCAAGUUAUGUCACAACAACUGGUCAGAAUAUCGAAUAUUAUUUCGGAUGAAAACGCUAAUGAAACACGCAUUCCAGCAUAUGAAAAAUUCCUCUGCCAGAAAAAUCUGCAUGGAAGCUCCUGUUUUAAGACCUCAGGUUCAACGUCACUCGUCGUGGAGCGGAACAAAAACUUCAAAUUAUCUUCUUUACACCAAACAACGGAGCUUCUUGAACUGGCUUUACCGUUCCUCUGCGGCUUCUCGGAAGUUCCCACUGAGUGGGAUAAAUUCGACGUUAGACACAAACAUGUGAAAAGCCAGUUCCUCACUUUCAAGACGGACCUCAUGGACUCAAAGUCUUUUAUUCAUGGAUCGAGUCUAACUCAAAUUGAUUGUGGCAGCAAUGAACUCUUAAAAGGGAUCACAACUCCCUCAAAUGUGCACUUUCCAAAUAUGGUCGACUUCGACUCCAAAAUUUCUCCGAGGUACAUUGAAUUGGUUCUCGCUCCUUCCGAGCCUACUCUGUCGACUAGAAGAACCCUGGAAAUGUGGGUGCAGACACUGGAUCCCAGGAAUGACGUCAUCAGUGUAUCUAGCACCAAAGAGAAACUUCCCUGGAGAUAUGCAACACUCAGCCACAAGGCUUCCAUCAUGCGUAUACUGGCCACUGCAUUCGCUCGAAGACAAUCGCUCUCUUUCGAAAAUCUACAAACGUUUCUGCGUUCUAUCUCAAGUGGACAAAACAAUUUUGGGACUCAAUCAAAUACCAGAAAACCCGACUUGAGACUUUUUGUCACGGAUAUAGAAAUCACAUCUAGCCAGAAAGAAACCUUGAUGGAGCUAUUUGGAGGCCCGCAGACUAGUUUCCUUCUGAGUUUUCACAAAUCCGCUCCCGCGACGGCGACGUCAACAAUCGAGUCAUCAUGUGGAAAACCGAAUAGCUUCUACAUCCAAUUCGGAAGUUAUGACAAUGAUCGACCUGAUUUGUUCAUCCAGAGUUUAGCAGAUCUAACCCUCAGGAACCCCGAACUGCUCUCAGUCGUUCCAGAUGACCAUGAAUCAAAGGUUCGAUGGGUGCAAUUAUCGGACUCAGUUUUCCACUCCCGAAAUUAUGACUCAAAUUCACCCGAGACACCAUACGCUGUAGGCAACUUGAGCACGGGCACAUCUUUAGUGGGUUGUCUGCCGAUUAUUACGUCAUCGGGGGAGCUAAUUGCAGAGUCUUGUGUCGAAGUAGACCAAGAAGAGAUGAUAAGCCAGUUUCCAGAUGCAAAACAGCUUAUUCCCAAGCUGGAGGCAUCACACCCUCACAAACGACCACUCGAACAAAUUCGAGAUCUCGUCCGCUCUCGGCCAGACUUCCUCACGAAUGACUGUCGGCUGACGUCUGGUCGUCUGGGCAUGGAAGAGUCCAAAACACACAACAUAUCCGCUGAACACAACUCGCAGGAUUACAUAACACAAGCCAAAAACCUGCCUCUGGUGAUUAUUAUCUCCUGCGUGCUGACUCUGCUUCUAAUGAUAGCCUGCAUAACUCUAUCAGCAAUUGCGUACUGCAAAAUGAGAUCAACUCAUCAGCCGACCCAUCCGAGGAAUCCAAAUGACAUUAUCUUCAACCCAGAAAGCAUCGGGCACCAUCAUCAUCCCCUCCCCUAUUCUCACCCCCUCUCCCUCUCCCACCCACACCACCAUAUCCAAUACAGCCCCACCCGAGGGAGUGUAUCCAGUGCCAUCCUAGACCCCUUCAGCCCCCAUCACCCCCAUUACCCCAAAUUCUCCUCCCCCUCCCAAGCAAGCACAUCGCCCGCUGCCAGCUGCAGUUUAUACGCCGAAGUUCCAGCUGAUUUUCACCAUUAUAGUCAGACGAGUAACUCGGCGACUACGCAAUCGACUCUCGUGUGACGAAUAAUUAAUGGACACGAAUUAAAUAAUACCCGAACCCCAAAGCAGAUUAUCAAAACCAAAACCCUAAUAAAU